GCUCAACUGCUUAGCUCACUCCACUCCAGCCCAAUAUGUCCACCGCCACCGUCACCAUUUUCCUCCUCCUCCUCCUCCUCCACACCGUCCUCUCCAAACCCAUCAUCCCCCACCUCACCUCCCCCUACCUCAACCCCUCCACCAUCUCCGCCAACUACGACUCCAUGGUCAAGAACUUCAAAAUCUUCAUCUACCAGCCCAAAACCCCUCUCACUUUCCCCAACCACGUCGAGUCUCUCUUCUACACCACCCUCCUCGACAGCGACCUCGCCACCAACGUCUCCGACCACGCCCACCUCUUCUUCCUCCCCUUCCCCCCAGAUCUCCCCACGCGCUCCCUCGCGCGUCUCAUCCGCACCAUCCGCACCGACUUCCCCUACUGGAACAACACCCUCGGCGCCGACCAUGUGUACCUCUCCUGCUCCGGCGUAGGUUACGAGUCCGACCGCAACCUUGUCGAGCUCAAGAAGAACUCGAUCCAGAUCUCCUGCUUCCCGACCAAACCGGGCCAGCUCAUCCCCCACAAGGACAUCACUCUCCCACCACUCGCAUCCUCCCACGCGCCGACAACCAAUACGACGACGUUUCUUGGCUACAUAAGGUCGAAUUGGGUGAAUGAAUCUUCCAUAGUUGACGAGCUAAGGACCAGCCCGGAGUUCCUGAUCGAAACUGAGCCGUCGAAGCCGCGGAUCUAUGCACAGAGGCUCGCCAGCAGCAAGUUCUGCAUCUUCGAGUAUGGCGCAGGCGAUGUUUCCGGCAUCGGAGAGGCUUUACGGUUCGGGUGUGUCCCCGUGGUGAUUACGGACCGUCCAAUCCAGGACUUGCCUUUUAUGGACGUGCUGAGGUGGCAGGAGAUGGCGCUGUUCUUGAGGAGGAGCGGUGGGGCCAAGGAGUUGAAGCGCGUGUUGGUGCGCGCGUGCUGGGAGAGGCAUGAUCAGAUGAGGAGAUUGGGUGUAAAGGCGGGAAAGCAUUUGGCGUGGAACGCGCCGCCGCAGGCCAUGGAUGCGUUUCAUACUUCGGUUUAUCAGCUUUGGUUGCGACGCCACACGAUUAGAUACCCCCGGCGGGAGACGGCGUAGGCUUUUGUUUUUUUUACAAGUUACUAUGUUAUGUUGUUGGGGCUUAUCCGAUGGGAUGGGCAUAUACCCCUUGGAAGGUAGGGAUACUGAUGUUUUUGUGUUUAUAUUUCUAAUAUUGGGAUUUCAACAAAUUUUGUUUUGUGGAAAUUACUUAUGGACUUAA